AUCGGAAUAUCUCUCGGCAUUGGAAGACGAGAGGCGAAUUGCGCUGCUUUAACCUUUCAAACAAUGGCUCUGAGCCAGCUUAAUCGUGAUGAAACGGAGGGAAUCGUCGUUGAUCCCGACAUGUCGUGUAUAGCAAGCCCAACACCUUCUGAAACAUCGUCACGACGUCGCCGCUUGGACCAGCAUCAGCAUUCCCGAAACCCCAAUCGGCGUGAUUCUCGUCGUUAUGGAUUGUGAGUAGAUCCCUAUCAGAUAAGAAUGAGUCGGCAAGAUGCCGCAGUACGCUCACAGGGCUGACUAAUUCUCUUACCAACACAAAAAGUGCUUGCCAAGUGAGUCCCGUCUGUUGUUCAGCUCCCAGUGGUCAUGGAGGACGCGUUUAACACGAGCUAAUAAUCACACGCGUUUCAGAGUUGUAAAGCACGGAAGAUUAAAUGUACUGGAGAACAACCCGUUUGUAGGGCCUGUCAGCGGUCUGAUAAUGCUUGCAUAUGGCCUGCCAAUACCCAGGUCAGGAUUGACAGAGCAAACACGCGGAUUCAAGAACUCGAGUCCGCUUUACAGGAAAGCCGAAGACAGAACGAACGGUUGAGCAGUGAGAAUGGUAAUACAACAACUGCUGAUGUCACAAAUGUUGGCCAAGGCAAUGUCUCUCCGGCUGGAUCCAUGCCGUUGCUUGGGCAACCCGGCUCUACGCAUGCAUCACCGAGCGAUGCUCGCUCAAACACCAUCGACGCCACGAUUUGGUCGCAGGUUGGCAUCGGAGAAGAUGGCUCAAUCACUUACAACGGCCCUACCAGUCGCUUCCACGCUGGAUCUUUGACAGGAAACGGCCCAUCGCCAUCCACCACGCAGGCUCCUCCCGGUUCAGCCCAGGACGUAGAAAUCAAAUCAUCUCAGGUUGAGCGUCUGCGAUCCCAAUAUGACUUGCUUGACACAGUAUGGAUUCCUUUAGCUAGGUCCAAGUCCAUGACGGCGUUUGGCAUCACGAAUGAAAUGGGAUGGCAGAUCCUUGAUAUGUACUGGACUUGGCUUCAUCCAUUGCAUAAUUGCAUCUAUCGACCAGUUUUCCUGAUGGACAUGGCAUUAAACGGCACGUAUUAUUCCGACUUUCUACUUAUGGCAAUAUUUGCUUUGGCUUCUCGGCAUCUCAGCCGACAAGAGGGCGACUCGGUUGACUCCAAUAUGGGUGAAAGGUUCUUCACCCGCGCCAAGAUGCUACUCAUGGAUGAACUGGACAAUCCGAAGCCACGAAUUCCUACUAUUCAAGGGCUUCUUAUUCUCGGAGGACGCCAAUGCGCCAUUGGCAAAAGCUCUCAGGGAUGGCUAUUCACCGGCAUGGCAAUCAGAAUGAUGGUGGACAUUGGGAUACACCUAAAUGCGAAUCGAAUCGCCGAACUUGAGAGAUUAACUCCAUCCGAAAUCGAGACACGAAAACGUUUAUACAACUCGGCUUUCAUAUGGGAUAAGACGCUUAGCCUUGCCCUUGGACGGCCACCAUCAUUGACAGGUUCUCCAUAUGGACCGGACGAGAUCUUUGACCACUACGAUGACGAUCGAGACUGGCGGCCCAGCGAUAUCGAUAUUACGAACUCCUCCUAUAAUCCAACACCAAUGUAUAAUACGGCAACGUUUUGUGCCUUCUGUCAACUUCACGUGAUAACAACCGAUAUGAUGCUGCUUCUCUUUGAUCGUGGUCACUCGGAAAACAUCUACCCCGAGAUCGACCAUGUUUCAAAUAGGCUAAUAGCGUGGUACAACGAACUACCUACAUCACUCAAGAUUGACGAGGGAAUGACUCAGUGUCCACCCCCCCAUAUCGCGUCUUUGAAUUUCUUAUACCAUGCUCUCCAUAUUCUCCUCCUCCGACCGCUCUUACAUUCUCCCCAUACCUCGAUCCGCAACUCGUCCCUCCAAACAUGCGUCAACCACUCUAAAAGGAUACACGCGAUCCACGAUCUGUACACCAAAAGCUUUCCUCACCGCUUGAUGACAUACCAAGUAAGCUACUGCGUAUAUACUGCGGCUACUGUCGAUGUUCUUGAUAUGAGGCGGUCUGAAGCUGGGGUUCGGAUUGAUGCCGCGCGGCGACUCGGCAUGGCUGUCCGCACGCUUCAAGAAGAAGCUAAACACACGCCUGGAAGUGGUCGGAGUUUGGAUACCAUCAGGCGGCAGCUGACAGUGUGGGAAGUGAGCGCCCCUCGUGAUACGAGUCAACAGGAGCCUUGUGGAGGUUCUGCCGCCAACCGGGCUGGUGAUGCGCAGCCACUCGGGUUGAACAGGGCGGAAGAGCCCCGAGCAUCUCCACAUCCAGUGGCUUCUGACGUUGGAAAUGGUGGACCGCAGGCUAACAAUGAAGGGGCGUCUGGCUUUUUGUCGAGAUAUCAAAGUCCUUUUAGCUUCGGGAUGCUUGAUACCGGAGCCGGAUUUCAUCCCGAUUCAUUUCCCUGGGACAUGACGGAAAUAUUUGGUAAUUCACAGGUGUAUGGAGCACCAGAACAGACUGAUCAAGUGUUUCAAUAAGAUGUUUUUGGUCUAAAACUGAAUUGAAACCCUGCGGGCCAGAUCAAUUUGAUACCCCUAUCCUAGUCUAGAUACACGAGUAAGGCGCGCGAUGCAAGCAUCAGCUGUCACUCGAAAUACACAGCUCUGCCCCUAUGGCAUAACUCCAACCACACCAGCCAUCUCCCUUGAACCAUACAGCCUGUACAGAAUUGUACGUCGCCACCACCAACAAAGACUCAGCCAAUACCUUUCACCUACAUCCGAUCGAAUAGCCCUCAAGGGACGUAUCGGUACAAGGGGUGAGAAUCACCCUUCUCGGCAAUAUCUGCAGGAACAUGGUCGGUAUCACUCUUGCCAUGCACGCGGUCACGGUGACGGUUCUGCAGGCGCAAGCACGCGCUCAAAGCCAGUGCCAUAAGAGAAGCAGCCAGAAGUACUCCCGCACAAACCCACAUGCCCUUGAAGUAGUACGGCCCCUGCGACUUGGGGAACAGGCGAGCACCAAGAAUGGGACCACACUGGCCAAACAUGCCGAAGAUGGCAAGCCCUGCGCCUCGCUUGGAGCUGGAACCUUGGUUGUCUGUCACCCAGGUGAAGGUCAGAGCGACAGCAGGGAAUACGCCGGCACAGACGAGGAACGUAGCAAAGUAGCGGAUGGCCGUGGUAUGGAUGACGGCGAGGAGAAUGUAUCCCACCGCGCCGACGCAGCAAAAGACAAAGACAAAGAUACCGCGCUGGCCCACGCGAUCAGAGAGCAUGCUCAUGCCCACGCAGACAACAAAUGCGGCAAUGUAGGGGCAGGCAGAUAGACCCUGCGCGUGGACUGAAGUGUAUCCCAUGUCCUUCAAGAUGGUAGGGAGAUAAGCCGGAAGAGAACCGAACGCUGUGUUGAGACAAAAGAUGAUAAAGGCUUGCAUGUAGUUCUUGUAGUCGUAAAACGCAGAAAAUACUUGGGCAAAGUUGAGCUUUCUC